CGGCCCUAGCGCUGGGCGCAGGCGGCCGCGGCUGCUCCUCGGCGGCCACCGCCGCUGCGGCUCGGGGGUGCGGGCCGGCCGGGGACGGCGGAGGAGGCGCCGCCUGAGCUCCGGGAGGUGCGGAGGGCCCUGGGGGUCGUGCACGCGCCGAGGUCCGGGCGGGCCUUCCGCUCUGACAGCCCCAGCGUCCAGGAUGCCCCACAAGAUUGGCUUCGUUGUGGUCAGCUCCUCUGGACAUGAAGAUGGCUUCAGUGCCCGGGAACUAAUGAUCCACGCACCAACCGUCAGCGGGUGGAGGUCACCGAGAUUUUGCCAGUUUCCACAAGAAAUUGUUCUUCAGAUGGUGGAGAGGUGUCGAAUCAGGAAACUGCAACUGCUUGCCCACCAGUACAUGAUCCCCAGUAAAGUGGAGUUCUACAUCAGUGAGAGCCUGCCCGAGUACUUCGUGCCCUACCAGGCUGAGCGCUUUCGAAGACUUGGCUAUGUUUCUCUCUGUGACAACGAGAAGACAGGCUGUAAAGCCCGGGAGCUGAAGUCAGUGUACGUGGAUGCAGUAGGACAGUUUCUUAAGCUGAUUUUUCAUGAGAACCAUGUCAACAAGUACAACAUAUACAAUCAGGUUGCUCUGGUUGCAGUAAAUAUCAUUGGAGACCCUGCAGAUUUCGGUGAUGAAAGCAAUAUUACCUCUAGAGAGAAACUGAUUGAUCAUUACCUGGGCCAGCACAGCAGUGAGGACCCAGCUCUGGAAGGAACCUGUACUGGGAAAUCUGACUACAUUUCUCCACUGGAUGACUUAGCUUUUGAUAUGUACCAAGAUCCAGAAGUUGCCCAGAUUAUACGCAAAUUAGAUGAAAGAAAACGUGAAGCUGUCCAAAAGGAACGUUACGACUAUGCCAAGAAGUUAAAACAAGCUAUUGCUGAUUUGCAAAAGGUUGGCGAGCGCCUUGGGAGGUACGAGGUGGAAAAGCGCUGUGCGGUUGAGAAGGAGGACUAUGACCUGGCCAAGGAGAAGAAGCAGCAGAUGGAGCAGUUUCGCAACCAAGUGUAUGAGCAGCUGCAGCUGCACAGCCUCGUGGAUGCUGAGCCGAUGCGAAGGCCUUCUGACCUGCCCCUCCAGCCCCUCACUCACUCUGCCAGUCCUCGCCACAAACAGCAAGUGCCAUCUCUACCACCGCAAGAAGAAAGUGCACCAGAAAGCCGGUUUGCAGAGCCUUUCCUUCAGGAAAAGCCUCCAGCACAUCCCCCAGGCCCUUCUCAGCACUCCACAGCAGACCAGUCGCCACCUGCCACAGACCCUCAUCUCAAGACCCAUCUCCAGUCUGUGCCCUAUGAUGAGCGGCCCCUUCCUGCUACACGGAAGCAGCCGGCAGCAGCAGCCCUGGAACCAGAAAAGAGUGACUCUGAUGUCGGCGAGGCUCCCAAAAGAGGUGCCGCUGGAGAGCCAGAGCCCUUAACAGAGAAGGCACUGAGAGAGGCCAGCCCCGCCGUGGACGUGCUUGGAGAAAGCCUGGUUGCGGGGGCCUAUUCCAAGACGUGGUCAUACCGGGAAGAUGCGCUGCUCGCCCUGUAUAAGCAGCUGAUGGAGACGCCUGCUGGAACUCCGAAGGAAGAGCUGAAGAGCAUGCUGCGAGCAUCUAUCUUCCUUGUUAGAAGAGCCAUUAGAGACAUAGUGACCCCGGUUUUUCAGGCUUCUUUGAAAUUGUUGAAAAUGAUAAUUACACAAUAUAUUCCCAAACACAAACUGAGUAAGCUUGAAACCGCUCACUGUGUGGAAAGAACCAUCCCUGUUCUGCUCACCAGAACUGGAGACUCUUCUGCUCGCCUCCGAGUCAUAGCUUCAAAUUUUAUUCAGGAAAUGGCCUUGUUCAAGGAAGUUAGGUCUCUCCAAAUUAUUCCAUCCUACUUGGUACAGCCAUUAAAAGCCAACUGUUCGACUCAUCUGGCAAUGAGUCAGAUGAGUCUCCUGGCCCGGCUUCUGAAAGACCUGGGCACCGGGACCACAGGCUUCACCAUUGAUAACGUGAUGAAGUUUUCAGUGAGUGCCCUGGAGCACAGAGUGUAUGAGGUUCGAGAGACAGCGGUUAGAGUUAUUUUGGACAUGUAUAAACAGCACCGGGCUUUUAUUCUAGAGUACCUCCCUCCAGACGACAGCACCACGCGCAAGAAUGUUCUCUAUAAAACAAUUUUUGAGGGAUUUGCUAAAAUAGAUGGCAGACCUACAGAUGCUGAAAUUAGGGCACAGAAGAAAGCAGCUACAGAAGAAGCAGAAAAACGAAAGAAAGACGAAAUUAAAGCUUUGCAAGGGCAGUUGGCUGCACUCAAGGACAUUCAGGCCGAAGCCCAGGGAAAAGAAGGCCCCUCAAUGGAGGUGGAGAGUCAGGACACACAAGGAGGGAAAGCAGCCGCACCUCCGGCUCCAGAAAUCCCAGAUAAUCACUAUUUAGAUAAUUUGUGUAUUUUCUGUGGGGAAAGGAGUGAGUCAUUCACGGAGGAGGGCCUGGACCUGCAUUACUGGAAGCAUUGUCUUAUGCUGACGAGGUGCACCCACUGCAAGCAGGUUGUGGAGAUCUCCAGCCUGACGGAGCACCUGCUGACAGAAUGCGACAAGAAAGAUGGGUUUGGGAAGUGCUACCGCUGCAGUGAGGCCAUUCUGAAGGAAGAGCUGCCCAGACACAUAAAAACAAAGGAGUGUAAUCCUGCCAAACCAGAGAAGCUGGCAAACCGAUGCCCUCUGUGCCAUGAGAACUUCUCACCUGGAGAAGAGGCGUGGAAAGUUCAUCUUAUGGGCCCAGCUGGCUGCACGAUGAACCUGCGUAAGACCCACGUGCUGCACAAGGUGCCCGCUCCACUGCCAGCAGGUAGAGGCACAGCCGUGACCAAAACAGGGACCUCAGGAUCAAAGGUCGGAAGCAAGAUCCCGACCCCAAAGGGACUGAACAAAAGCUCUGGCAGGACGUACACAAAGCGGUGACAUGACACACGUUCUGUCUCCCUUAAUCCCACAAGGAACUGAGCACGUUUCCUGACUGUGAAUCAUUUCUCCUAAAAUCCGUCCUUGGACACGGUGACCCUGUCUACCGCCCCCACUGUCCCUUGGCCCCCUUUGUCCUUACCUGCCACGCCCUGGGAGCUGACCAAAGAGCCUGCGUCCUGGGGUUAGGACCAGACCCACUGCAGUUACACGCAGCCAGGCCUCUGCCCUCCUAGCCAGUGUGAACAGAAGAGCCAGCAGUCGCUGUGUUUGAGGGGGACUGACACUGUCGCCCGGGCAGGUCAGCAGCUGAGGGCAUAGUGCGAGCACAGUGCCCUCUUCUCAAGCACUUGUGGUGAUUCCCACAAAGGCUUGCUGUGACCUUUGCAUGUCCGGCUCCCACGUGUGGCAGAGUCCCCGCCGGGCCUCAGCUCCCCGGGCAGUGGUGACCAGCAGAAGAGAGACUGCACACACGAGCCUCACCAGGGGCCUUCUCUGCCCAGCACACCUCCUCGCCCAUCUCUGCGGAGCCCAUGCCCCCCCCCCCACUGUCACAGGCCGCUGAGCAUGGGUCCCCUGCGGCACUUUCCCAGCUGGAGGCCCAUGAGGAGUGCUGGGCCCGGCAGCCCCCUCUUGCAGCAGCCCCCCAGUGGAGUGGAGGUCGACGCUGCUGUCAGUCAAGUCAGAGCUGUCCUCAGGGUGCUCACAUCCCUCCCAUGUGUGCCAUCCCCAACAGAAUUAUGAAGUGACUGUCAGUCACCUGAUUGUCCUGGGCUCGGGUCGGUCGGAACAACCCUUUCUUAAACCCUUGAGGCAAACAUGGCAUUAUACCUGACUCUGGCGUGGGGUAGCUUCUACAUUCUGUAACGUCCCCAAGUGAGCAUCCAGCACAGACCAGCAGGCUCCAAGCAGCUGCCCUGGGCCUACCGUGCUCCCCCUCACAUGUCCACACCUGGAUUGCGACUGUAUGUUCACUCUCAGACACGUCCUGUGACACUUAAAACACUUAAAACAGCCAACAUCGCUCAAAAUGAAGAAGCCAGACCUGGAAAUCCAGCCCCCUGACCAGCUCCUGACCAGCCAUCGUGUCUGGGAAGUGGUUCCACAUGUUUCAUAUGCAGGUGGUUGUGGGGAAGAGCCAGUGUGUCUGUGAGCUCUGCUAGGAAGGCCCCAGCGUCUCCUCUGGGACCCGCUGCAGCAGCCAGCCCUUCCUGUCCCCCCACACGGCCCAGGCAUGCUUCCCCUGUCCUGAGUGCCAGGCAGGCUUUCCGAACACCAGUGAGAAGUGGUAGAGUGAGUCAGAUGUGUACUACAUAGUGUGUAAGUAUUUUUCAUUCCCAACCAUGUGAAACAACAAAAUGGAUAUUAGAAAACUAACAGCUAAGUUUGAGCAGCGUGCUCCCUGGGUAGAAUGUGCACCACUCACUCCAUCCUGAAUAAACUAAUACUUUCUCCUAUGCAGCAAGAAUAGGACUAAGAGAAUCACCUUUAGAUAAAAUAACUCAAAACAAUAAUAAAAUAAUAAAAUAACUCAAUUAAAAAAGUAUAUCAGGAGAAAUAAACUUUGAGCGGACACGGCUGAGUGCAGAUGCCACUGGGAUUACAGCACGAGCCUUCCUGGCUCCGUCCUCACCGCACAGACCAGCCACUUCUGUAACUAGAGUAACAGUGACACGAGUUAGGGAAGGAAUCCUCCCUUCCCCUCCAAUAAAAACCUUUAAAUAUAUAUUUUCUAUAUAUUAUAAAUUUAAAAAAGAUAUUUGUAAAAAUAUUUAAUUUUAGAGAUGACAAAAUUGAGGUAUUUAAAACCAGUUAGCAUUGCUGGUUACAGAAGAAUUGUGCAUUUAUGUUGAGAUGAUCUCUGGCAGUGAUUAGUGGCUACUUAAAGCUUUACAGCAUAGUUAUAUACUAUUAAGGAACCACAAAUAAAAGAUAAAAAAUUUGGAAGGAACUGUAAGACCCCUUGGCCAUUUAUAAAUAAAUAUGUAAAUUUGGAACAGGAAUUAAUAAUUGACUUUUCAUUCAUGAAUAUGUUGUGGAUAUUUAACUAUUUAUUUCUAUUAUUUUCAUAUUUCAGAAUAUUUUAUCAAGCUAAUUUAAAAGAAAUAUGUCUAUAAAUUUGGCAUCAGAAUACACAUGUAAAUACUUUUAAUGAAAAUUUGCAACUUUUUAAUAUUUUAACAUAGUUUUAUAUUUGCCUUUAUUUCAGGUACCAGAAUGAUAAUAUCUAACUAAUAUAUUUUUGUUGUUAUUUCAGGGCCUAGGGGUCAGUUCACCCUGAGCAUAUUGACACAAUAAAAAGAUCACUAAAUGUUUUGUCACUUUUAUUUCAAGAUUACAAUUAAAAGGCAAAUUGCAUAUGGCUGGGGGCGGGGGUGUGUGGAGAGGGCAGCUGGCGAUCUGCUGCAAGGAUGAGGACAGACUGCAGAGCCUGGCCUUCCUCCUGAGCGAGCCGAAGGACUGUAAGCUGCGUUAACCGGAGGAAAUCAUCACCAGCUCUACCCUGGGGAACAGAGUCAGACUGUCCUCACCUGGUGUCACGGGCCCACUGGACUCGGCAGUGUCCUCCGUGGUCCCCUUGGCCGCAGAACCUUUUACCCUCCAACAAGGCCAUUUGGCUUUCAAAUAAGUAAAAAGGCAGUAUUUUCUCUGUUGAUUUGUGGGGUGAUUUUAAGCUUUGAUUAGUCUGGGGAAUUGCAAACUCACUUCCAUGUUGAAGUUACAAUGCACAGGUUUUUUUCCCCCCCCCCCUUCCACAAAUAUAUAUUAACCUUAAUGGCUUUACAGUU